AUGCAGCGUCUUCUUCUCACGCUGCUAACGCUCCCAGCCGUAGUCUCUAGCUUGGGGCUUCAAGGAGGCACAUGUGCGGCCAAUUGCACCUCUUCCAAGCAAGUGGUCUACUGCGCCCUCUCCAACUCGACAACUGCGUACGACGUUUCGUUCAGCAACCAGUGCGAGUGCCUCGCUGCCAAGUGCAAGAACCGCAAGAUUCAUUGCUUUGCGAGCGCGGCCAAAACAUGCGACCCGACGUGCUUGUCCAAGCUCGCCAAGUGCAAGCCCAACCAAGUCGCACCUGUCUGCGGGUCCAACGGCGCGACGUACGACCAUCUGUGCUACCUCAAGGCCGCACGGUGCCUCAACCCAAGCAUUGAAUUCCUCUCGCCAGGCAAGUGCCCGUCGACCAUGGGCAAGUGCGGCCUCGGCAAGUGUUCGAAAACCAAGGGCAAGGAAAAGGUGUGUGCUACGCUCAAGGGUGCCACGAUCAAGUUCAAGAACGAAUGCUUAUUAACGGCCGCAACCUGCGUCAACGCAGCUGUCACGCCCGUCGACUGCCCGAAGACGAAACCAGCCACCAAUUCGACGGGCAGUGGUGCCACCUUCUCGGUCGACGAGGCGGACGACCCGGAGCUGGCCGACGACAUUGGGCUACUCGAAGUGCCCGUCGACACGAGCGAAAAUAACUUCGACCUUUUCAUCUCGGACGACGUCAUGACGAUGGAG